CAAAGUUUGCCAAUGGGCCAUGGGCCCUGAGAGAUGUCAAAAAGAGAUUGAUGAGGUUCUGGAGGGUAAAGAUCACGCAUCGUAUGAAGACAGACACAAUAUGCCGUACACACUGGCUGUGAUUCAUGAGGUUCAGCGCGUGGCUAACACUGUACCGCUAAGUGUAUUUCACUGCACCACCAAAGACACAGAGCUGAUGGGCUACAGCAUCCCAAAGGGACCUUUGUUAUUCCUAACCUCACUUCUGUACUAAAAGAAGAAGGCCAGUGGAAGUUUCCUCAUGAAUUCAACCCAGCCAACUUCCUGAAUAAGCAAGGCCAGUUUGAGAAGCCUGAGGCCUUUAUGCCUUUUUCUGCAGGUCGUCGUGUGUGUCUCGGUGAGGGUCUUGCGCGUAUGGAGCUUUUCCUGAUCAUGGUCACUCUGCUGUGGCAUUUCCAGUUUGUGUGACCCGAUGAUGCAGGGGAACCAGAUUAUACCCCAGUAUAUGGGGUCACCCUCACCCCCAAAACCUACAGA